UCUGUGCAUGAGGCCACCAGCAGCGCUCCGGCUGGAGAACUCUGCCAUCUGCGGGUGCCCAUUUGUAGUUUGGGGGUCGUGCUAUGUAUGACCCUCCUCUAGUCAGCCUAACGCUAAACACGGGGCCUGGCAUCUAGGAGUUGCCCUAUAACGGCGCCACCUUUGUGGUUCCGGGAGAGGGGGUAAGCUAUCCUGGGUAGGUCAGGGAGGUGUGUUAGGACCCGCACCGUGGACAGAGGUACCAGAGGGGUUGAUGUGCGCGUGCGCUUCCUUCGGGACGCCCGCCCCUAGAACUCCGGCCCCGCCCCCUGCACGCGCCACGGUUGCUUCCCGCUGCGCUGGCAGGGAGGCUGUGAGCAAGGCGGCGAAACCAUGUCUCUGGAGGCGAUCCGCUAUUCGCGGGGUUCGCUGCAGAUCCUCAACCAGCUACUGCUGCCCCAACAGAGGCACUACGAGGCGGUGGGCUCGGUGCGCCAGGCCUGGGAGGCCAUCCGUGCCAUGAAGGUGCGCGGCGCCCCCGCCAUCGCGCUUGUGGGCUGCCUCAGCCUCUCCGUGGAACUGCAGAAGGGCGCCGGGGGGCCGGGGCUCGCCGCGCUCUUGGCCUUCGUGCGCGAUGCGCUGAGCUUCCUCGUCACCGCCCGUCCCACCGCCGUCAACAUGGCCCGCGCCGCCCGCGACCUAGCCGACGCUGCAGCCCUGGAGGCGGAGCGCGAAGGCGCCACGGAGGAGGCGGUCCGGGAGAGAGUGAUCCGCUAUGCUGAGGACAUGCUGGAGAAAGACCUCAAGGACAAUCAGAGCAUCGGGGACCUGGGAGCCCACCACCUCCUGGAGCGGACAGCCCCUGGGGGUGGCAAGGUGACUGUGCUGACCCACUGUAACACUGGUGCCCUGGCCACUGCUGGCUAUGGCACAGCCCUGGGUGUGAUCCGCUCACUGCACAACCUGGGCCGUCUGGGUCAUGCCUUCUGCACAGAAACCCGGCCCUACAACCAGGGAGCCCGGCUGACAGCCUUCGAGCUGGUCUAUGAGCAAAUCCCCGCCACCCUCAUCGCUGACAGCAUGGCAGCAGCUGCUAUGGCCCACCGGGGUGUGUCAGCUGUCAUUGUGGGAGCCGACCGUGUGGUUGCCAAUGGUGACACAGCCAACAAGGUGGGCACCUACCAGCUGGCCAUCGCUGCCAAACACCAUGGCAUCCCCUUCUACGUGGCUGCCCCCAGCUCCUCGUGUGACCUCCGUCUGGAGACAGGCCAGGAAAUUGUCAUCGAGGAGCGCCCAGGGCAGGAGCUGACUGAUGUCAACGGGGUCCGGAUUGCAGCGCCUGGGAUUGGGGUUUGGAAUCCUGCCUUUGACGUCACCCCCCACGACCUCAUCACUGGCGGCAUCAUCACGGAGCUGGGUGUCUUUGCCCCUGAAGAGCUCCGGGCAGCCCUAAGUGCCACCAUCUCCUGAGGGGAGUAGGGAAAGCAACCAGGGCCUUUGCUUGGCUUCUGAGAGCAGAGCAGCUGAGCCACGCUGCCCAAGUUCAAAUCCCAAUUCUGCCACUUUAUUUGCUCUGUGACCUUAGCGCAGUCAUUUCAGCCUCUGCACACGUUUGUCCUUGUGCAUAAAGUGGGAACGAUAGUACCACCACCACCCCUAGGUUGCUGCCAGGACUAUAACUAGGCUGAUGUCUCAGGUCCAAAAAGCUCAGUACAGUAAUCAAGAUAAGAAAUAGAUUUGUGCAAUAUAUUUUUUUAAUCAAAAUCACUGCAAAAAAACCUGUAAGGAACAAAAUACUGAAAUAUUAAAUAGAGUAGAACUUUGCACUUACUCAACUUGUUACCCUCCCUUGUUCCAAUAAAGCUUUGUUUACAACAUUA